CCCCUUCUCUCAUUCAGUGAGAAGGGAGAUUACGGUUCCUGCAAAACUCUAAGAAAAAACUGUUCUUCUUUGGGGGGGCAGAAAUCAGAGAAGGCAGCCUCUCCAAUCCAAGAUAAUAGGAUUUGGGUUGCUGUUCAAUCCGAUGUUGAUGCAUUAUUUUCUCUAUAUUCACAUUCGGGUCGUUCGGUAGAUGCGUAUCUAUUU